CUCAAAUACUGCUGGGGAACCCCCAACUUAUACCGGGUGUAGAUGCUGCCUCGGCGACCGACAGCAUCGGCGACAAACGGACGGCCCGGGGGCCACGGGGUCUAACCGUUCCGGGCUGUUUACUCCAAGUGCCAGGUGCCCGUGCAGAUACACCGACACAAUGACCACCCCAGCCGUCCCCAGCCGCACCCUGCAAGCCUCUGCGCUGUCUUUUAUUGCGCUGUCGAUCGGUCAUACGCUAGGAGGCAAACAAUGGACCGCCGACCCGGCCUACACGAUCAUCAGCAACACCAAGCCCUGGGCGCUAGGCAUCGUGGGCUGGUAUCAGGGAAGCGCCUUCUUCUUCACGACCGGCUUACUCCACUACCAAUGGUCCCGCAACCCGCUCGCCCUCCGCGACCCGACUAACAAGGCCAUCGCCGUCAUCACUAACGCCAUGCUGUGGGCUAGCUCGGCGUGGUAUCUGCGCCAUGGCAUCCGGGAGAAUGCGGUUGUUGUGGGGCUGGGGGCUGUGUUGCAGGGGGUUGCGGUUUUGAGGAGUUGGUUCUGAAGGUAGGGUUUUGCUGGGUGUUUGUGGGGUGUUUGUUGGGAGGUGGAUUGGGUUUUGCACUGGGGCUGGGGUUAGGGUUGGUGCAGUGGUGGAUGCUAUGUCCGGGGUUUAGGUUUUGGAUCGAUUGUCGGGGGUCUUGUAUGAUGCUGUGGGUUAAAUCUAGGAGGCUGGAAGGUCAAUUGAAGAACUUCGUCAGUGC